AGUGUUUGGCCGUUGGGUGGACUGGUGUUAGCAGCAAAGAAAGGCUAAUAGGAAAUCAAUAGCACCAAACAAGAGAAGAAGAAGAUCAAGAUCGAAGUAAUGGGGAAGGAAUUGGUAGGGAAAAUUCUAGGGAUUUCGGUCCCCAAUUUGUGGAAUGGGACAAGAGAUUGCUUGGGAAAGUUCUAGGGAUUGGGUGGGCUGCUAUGGCGAGGAGAAGAAGAAGAUCUUGAACGGCCGGUCGUUGAGCGGAGAACAAGAAGAUCUUGCACAGAGAGAGGCCGGUUACUCAGCGAAGAAGAAGAAUCAGAUCUUGAUGGAGAAAGGUCGGUUGUUGGGUGGAGAACAAGAAGAACUUGCAAGAAGAGAAGCCGGCUACUCGGCGAAGAAGAAGAAGUAGAUCUUGCGUGGAGAGAGGCCGAUUGCUCAGUGAAGAAGAAGAAGCAGAUCUUGCAUGGAAAAGGCCAGCUGUUGGGUGGAGAACAAGAAGAACUUGCAGGGAGAGAGGCCGGUCAUGGAGCAGAGAAGUUGUAGGGAUGGGGUGGCUACUGUUGGGUGGAGAAGAAGACCCUGCAAAGAAAAGAAACAAACUGAAAAUUC